GGCGCUAAGCAGCUCUCCCAUGACCACAGAGGAGGACGCUGGAACAGUGUUUGCGGUGGUGCAGGAGGAUAUGGGACCCGCAUCUCAAUACUUUAUGCAUCAAGUGACCCGGUGAGCGCAACAAACUUCUCAGGCUCCCUGUGCGUCAACGAGAACAUGCAAGAUCUUAAUGGUCGCUUUGCGUCCUACAUUGAGAAGGUAAAUGAGAUACCUUUUCACUUCACAAAUGUAGGGUUUUCUUUUUUCACUGUUAGGAGAAAGUGAAUGGUAGUUCUUUAGGGUAUAUUAGGUGUAGAAUCGGCUGAUAUUCUGGUCAGAUGCGAUAGAACAGCCACCCGCUGCUUUCAAGUACACUCAGUUGCUCUGGUGUGAUUUCUCUCUUAGUGGCUAAAACAGUGAGAAUCCUACCUAGGAUGUGUGUUGUAUGAAUGUGUGAGGCUCUAUGUUGAUUUGUGGGUGUCUGUGUGGCUCAGGUGCACUCACUAGAGGCAGCCAACGCACAGCUUGAGUUACAGAUCAAGGAACAUCUGGAGAGAAGCUCCCUUGGUGACCGUAAAGACAUGGGUGGACACUUGGAGAUGAUCGAUAGCCUUCAAAACCAGGUAGGCCUAUAUUGGGACCUAUCACUGAACACCUUGCAGUUUACCUUCUCAUUUUCCUCUUAAGCAUCAUCUUGUGACCAGCCUCAUGCUCUUGUUCCUUUGUGACCGGUGACCACUGAUUUAGAAAUGACUUGAUAUAAUAUAUAAUAAUAAUAUAAUAUGCCAUUUAGCAGACGCUUUUAUCCAAAGCGACUUACAGUCAUGUGCGCAUACAUUUUUACGUAUGGGUGGUCCCGGGGAUCGAACCCACUACCCUGGCGUUACAAGCGUCAUGCUCUACCAAUUGAGCUACAGAGGACCAAAGGAUGGGAAUUCUAUCCCAUCCUUUCAGCAAACAGUAGUGGGAAGGCGGGAAAGCAGAUAAGUGAAGGAAGGAACCCACUGGGCACAGACGUCUAUUCAACGUAAUUUCAUUGAAAUGACGUGGAAACGUUGAUUCAACCAGUGUGUGCCCAGUGGGAAGGAGGUGUAACAGAGUUGUAGGAUACAGACAAAAUCUAAUGUGGAAAAACAUUUAAAAAGACGAAGGUCUUGGCACAGUCCUUAUAAACUAUACUGAACAAAAAUAUAAACACAAAAUGUAAAGUGUUGGUUCCAUGUUUCAUGAGCUGGAAUAACAUAUCCCAGAAUUUUUCCAAACGCAGAAAAAGCUUAUUUCUCUCAAAUUUUGGCAACAAAUAUGUUUACAUCCCUGUUAGUGAGGGGGUGAGGAGGAGGUUCGGUCAAUAAUAAAGCCCUUUUGUUAGGAAAAACUCAUUCUGAUUGGCUGGGCCUGGCUCCCAAGUGGGUAGGCCUAUGCCCUCCCAGAACCAACCCAUUGCUGCGGCCCUGCCCAGUCAUGUGAAAUCAAUAGAUUAGGGCUUAAUUAAUUCAUUUCAAUUGGCUAAUUUACUUAUAUGAACUUUAACGUAGCAAAAGCUUUGAAAUUGUUGCAUCUAUAUUUUUGUUCUGUGUACAUGACCAAAAGUAUGUGGACACCUGCUUGUCGAACAUCUCAUUACAAAAGCAUGGGCAUUAAUAUGGAGUUGGUCCCCCCUUUGCUGCUAUGACAGCCUCCACUCUUCUGGGAAGGCUUUCCACUAGAUGUUGGAACAUUGCUGCGGGGACUUGCUUCCAUUCAGCCACAAGAGCAUUCGUGAGGUCGGGCACUGAUGUUGGUCGGUUGGGCCUGGCUCGCAGUCGGCGUUCCAAUUCAUCCCAAAGGUGUUCGAUGGGGUUGAGGUCAGGGCUCUGUGCAGGCCAGUCAAGUUCUUCCACACCGAUCUCGACAAACCAUUCCUGUAUGGACCUCGCUUUGUGCACUGGGGCAUUGUCAUGCUGAAACAGGAAAGGGCCUUCCCCAAACUGUUGCCACAAGGUUGGAAGCACAGAAUCAUCUAGAAUGUCAUUGUAUGCUGUAGCGUUUAGAGUUCCCUUCACUGGAACUAAGGGGCCUAGCCCGAACCAUGAAAAACAGCCCCAGACCAUUAUUCCUUCUCCACCAAACUUUACAGUUGGCACUAUGCAUUCGGGCAGGUAGCGUUCUCCUGGCAUCCGCCAAACCCAGAUUCGUCCGUCGGACUGCCAGAUGGUGAAGCGUGAUUCAUCACUCCAGAGAACACCUUUCCACUGCUCCAGUGUCCAAUGGCGGUGAGCUUUACACCAUUCCAGCCGACGCUUCGCAUUGCGCAUGGUGAUCUGAGGCGUGUGUGCGGCUGCUCGGCCAUGGAAACCCAUUUCAUGAAGCUCCCGACGAACAGUUAUUGUGCUGACGUUGCUUCCAGACGCAGUUUGGAACUCAGUAGUGAGUGUUGCAACCGAGGACAGACGAUCUUUACACGCUACGCGCUUCAGCACUUGGCGGUCCCCUUCUGUGAGCUUGUGUGGCCUACCACUUCGUGGCUGAGCCGUUGUUGCUCCUAGACGUUUCCACUUCACAAUAACAGCACUUACAGUUGACCGGGGAAGCUCCAGCAGGGCAGAAAUUUGACGAACUGACUUGUUGGAAAGGUGGCAUCCUAUGACGGUGCCACGUUGAAAGUCACUGAGCUCUUCAGUACGGACCAUUCUACUGACAGUGUUUGUCUAUGGAGAUUGAAUGGUGUGUGCUCGAUUUUAUACACCUGUCAGCAACGAGUGUGGCCGAAAUAGCCGAAUCCAAUAAUUUGAAGGGGUGUCCACAUACACUACAUGGCCAAAAGUAUCAGGACCAGGGAAGAGGAGGCUGCUGAGAGCUCCUAGAAUCCGUGGACCUUGAGCUGCUCCUCUUUAGCCAGGCCAAUCUGGAAGUGGGAUGAGGGGAGAAGAGACAUUACACAAAGGAACUUUGCACUCCAGUCACAAAACCUUUACUACCAUAGCAGCUGGACUGUUUACAAACAGGCGCUUUUCUAUGGGAGCCUUCUGUAGGGGCCAUGACAGAUGACCACUUAGUACACACAAGUGUGGAGUAUAUGCUGGGUGCAAUGUGCUAUAGCAGGGACAGGAGUCAAACCUACCUCAAUUAGAAAUGUGCAGAUAUUCUUGCGCUGGUCACCUUGCAGCUGAAUCACUUCACCAUACUCUGGGUGCUCAAUCACUGUCCCAUUGCAGGCAAAUUUCUGUUGACAAAGCAGAACUAGUCAAAAGGCCUGUAGAACAAAACAUGGACCUUUCUUAGUAUACCAGCUAGUGUCUUUGUCUCAACUCCCUGCCAUAACAUACCUUCUUAAAGGCCUUGACUAGCUUCUUCUUAUCAUAGUCGAUGGCUAUGCCCUGGACCGUGGUCAGAGUCUUCCUGCCGUUACGCUGCUGGAUUCUUAUGUGGAUGUAGUCGUCAGUCCCAGAUGGGAGCCUGUCAUUACCCUUAGUUGCAUCAGCAAAGGGGUCUGUGGGAAGAACAAUACUAUUUAAAAACAAAUACUUAAGACACAAAUAAAGUUCAAAACAAAAUUACAAGGAAGCAACAUAAAGCGAUAGCUAAGAUGGCACUGUUUUGUUUGACCUAGAUAACAAAAGAUCCAGGCCGAUGAACUGGUGAUGUAAUGUCCUAUCCAUGAGUCUUACAUGCUGACCAGACAGCACGCGUGCGUCAUCGCGCGCAUGUUGAUCUUUCCCUCCCACACCAGACACGAUCAGGACACACAGGUUGAAAUAUCAAAACGAACUCUGAACCAACUAUAUUAUGUCCUUUAAUUAUUUGUUACUUUUAUUUCAUAUUAUUUUUAUUUCGUAUUAUUUUUGGUAUUCUUUCUUAAAACCUCAUUGUUGGUUAAGGGCUUGUAAGUAAGCAUUUCACUGUACCUGUUGUAUUCAGCGCAUGUGACAAAUAAAAUGUGAUUUGAUUAACUUGGGGACAGUUAUGUGUAGUUACAUGUGGUCCUCUGUAGCUCAGCUGGUAGAGCACGGUGCUUGUAACGCCAAGGUAGUGGGUUCGAUCCCCGGGACCACCCAUACACAAAAAUGUAUGCACGCAUAACUGUAAGUCGCUUUGGAUAAAAGCGUCUGCUAAAUGGCAUAUUAUUAUAUUAUAUUUUGGCGGACGCCUAGUCAGCAAAUCAGGCCUAGGCCUAGUCAGCAAAUCAGGCCUAAGCAAAACGCUCCUCAGAUGCUUGUCAGCAAAUUACUACAUGGAAAUUGGACAGAAAGACAACCGGCAGUAACCACUUGUUAACCGGAAUCGGUAAUGUACAUUGAUUAUUGUGUCCAUAAUACAGACUAGUUUUCUAUAUCGGCUACAAAUCCGUGUUGUGACCUAACGUUAGCCAAGGAAAUUAACUUCGGCCUGGUUGAAGUCUGAUAGGUGUUGCCGGUCUUGCUGGUCAACGUUAACUACAAAAAAAACCUGGCAUGCUAUUAACUUAUUUGUAAUCGGGAGGGAAUGUUCUCGAUAUAACUAACCAGAUGUUUUAGACAUUUAUUAACAAUUUAUUAUUAAAACCAAACGUAAUAUUUUGUUGUAACGUUACCAACCGCCAUUCCCCCACUUACAUUCACACGUCGUUAGCUGAGAUGGUUGAAAUGUCUUACCGAAAGUUUGGAGGUUCUGGAUAGCGGACAUAUGAUAAGAUUUCCUUUCCUUUCGGGUAAUAACUGGUUAGCGUUCGACUGGUAUGCUUAAUAUUUAUUUUCUUUUAAUCUUAUUUUCCGGGGACGAAGCUCUAUUCGAAUGACCGGGUUUCACAAAAUGGACAUCGUACAGCUUCCAAAGAGGUAAACAACCCUUUCCAGUACCUCCCCAAAACCAGGAUCAGCGACGUUUUGGACGACGCACGUAGGGACGUGCGCCACGCCACACCCUAUUUUUCUGGAAGAAUUACAUAAUUAUUUUGGUAUUUCUAAGGGGAAAAUAUCCACACCAGCCUAGGCUGCAGUACAGCAGGUGGGUAGUCUGCCAUAAAACCUUGAAGAAGACCUUAGCUAAUACAGCAAUGUUAUUGAUAGAUUAAAUAAUGGAAAGUGCAGUGGCGACACAGCAUUUUAUUUUAUUUUCCCUGUUUUGCAUGUUAUUAUUUUGGCAUUAAUACGUGUCACAUAUCAGUUUGCAAACAAUGUAAAAAUAAUAAUAAAGCCGCAUUUCAAACUUGGUCUCUUUUUUGCUUUCUUGAGUAAGGCAGCUCCAAAAUGCAGGUGUUUCAGCAUAGCUCACUGCUUUCUGUGGUGGUGGGGCAGCCAGAGGAAAUACGUAGGGGUUGGUAAUGUUCUUUAGUUGCGCUGUGAUUGGCUCAGUGUUCUGUCACUCAUGAGGACACAACGUCACUGCAAAAUCUACAGGUAGGGCUCGAAAAAUUCAAGCCCAUUGGCUGCUGCCAUAUAUUUACAUUAGAAGUGCCCAUCCAAGAAGGCUCAAGGUCAUUGGCCACAGAUAAAAUGACGUCAAAUCACGUUAUAUCUACAGUAGCUUUGAUUGGACUGAUCAUGUCAACAUCACACUUUCAAAAUCUUAGCUAGCAAGCUAGAAAAGCAGUCAUAAUUAUGCAUCAAGUCGGCAAUCUACUGGCAAAUCAUUUUCAAUCCUUGUCAUAUGAAGAGAAAUUAUAGAUAAAACGUAUCGGUGCUCAUCAGCCAUUGGACAUAAACGUUACACAACAAGUUUGAAAUCGCAAAUUCAACAAUGAGUACUAAGGCGCCACUGCAGCCCCGGGUUGGAUCCCAGGCUGUGUUACAGCUGGCUGUGACCGGGAGACCCAUGAGGCGGUGCACAAUUGGCCCAGCGUCAUCCGAGUUAGGGGAGGGUUUGGCCGGCCGGGAUGUCCUUGUCUCAUCGUGCUCUAGCGACUCCUUGUGGCGGGCCGGGAUCCUGCAAGCUGACUGGUGUCAGUUCGACAGUGUUUCCUCUGACACAUUGUUGCGGCUGGCUUCCGGGUUAAGCGAGCAGUGUGUCAAGAAGCAGUGCGGCUUGGCUCUCAACCUUCGCCGAGUCCGUAGGGGAGUUGCAGCGAUCAGACAAGAUCGUAACUACCAAUUGGAUAUCACGAAAAGGGGGUAAUGCCAUGAGACAGAAAUGUUUGAAUACAUUGGCCAUGCUGUCAAUCCAGCAUGACUUCUGCCGCGUUCAAAACAGCUGGAAACUCGGAACUGGGAAAUCUCAAACUUCAGUGAGUUCAAGACAAAUAUUUUUUUUACGGUCAUCCAACUCGGAAUUCCAUGUCAGGAUUUUGGGCCUCUUUCUAGAGCCCACAAGAAGGUCCACCGCGCCACCUAUCUGUUCUGCACAACAAGGUGAGUCCAAAAACGUAUUGUAUGCUGCUGCGUAAAUGAUGUAAUAUGCCAGGGAGAUAUGUAUACUGUGGCUAAGAAAGUAAUACUAAAUGUAUGUUGUGUAGUAAGCCAUUAGUAGCCCAUGUGCCUCACCCUAAUAAUUUGGUCAGUUUCCUCCCUCAUAACUGAGCCUACUGUUCUGACUUGAUGGUGCACAUGUAGCCUAUAGCCUGUUUUAGGGGAAUGUCAACAUUGAAUAUUGUAAGAGCUUUCAUUGUCUGCUUACAUGCCCCCUUUAUUUAUCCUACGGUUCUGACUUGUACAGGGAGAAUACUGUAAGAACGGCCCAUGUUCUGGAUACUGUCGCUGUACUUUUCAAAAGUGCUGACUUUUGACUACAGUAUGUCCGUCCUAGCUCGCUGUUGGGGCGGUAUGCAAAAAAAGACUCUGCAUCAAAACUCAGCAGGACAGACAAUAUGUUCUCCGUUUCACCACGCUCUCCAACCAACGCGGCGAUCCUCACCGCAGGUACUUCAUCCUCACUUACGUCAGGUUCCAUCUCUGAACUACUGGAGUGCGUAUCCCUCUUUUUACACUUGACGCCCGUCGCCAACUGUGUGUCAUGUUUGCUAGAAUGGAGGUUUAAAAACGACAGCUGCAUAUUAGAGGUCUUCACGGAUCCAAGUUCCGAAAUGGACCUGAGGCUUUCCCACCCGGACCCGAUAUGCAUAAAUACAUUUUUUAAAUAUAGAGACCCGUUCCAAACGGACCCGAGGACAACUAGACCCGUUCCAUAUAGACCUGGUUGAAUCCAGAACCGGACCGAUCCAAGUGAUGGAAGCAUCAGAAAAGGCAUUUUUUAAGCUACUUUAUUAACCGGAACUGAUAAAGCGCGAUAGGAGGGAGAGAGAGGUGCCUCUCUAGCAGGUGGGCGAGGGGCUAUGAGGGGCAAUACUAUCAGCGAGUGAGACAGGGAGCAGGGAGGGAGAGAUGAGAGGCAGCAAACAACCUAGCCGACUCACGAUAUAGUAGACUAAUAGCAGCCAUAGCUAGGUUAUUUAUCAUCAAAUAUGAUUAAGUAGUACCUGUCUUGACUGCAUCAAACCGGGAGAAGCUAGUUAAGUUAGCUAGCUAGGCUAAUUGAGGCUGCAGUGCAUGCGCUUGCUCAUCCUACAGUUAUAAAUAACUACAACAACUCAAUUCAGAAUAUUAAGGAGCAGCCUACCUGUUGGCUCUUGGUCGAUGUAGCCUAUCCUUCUCCUUUAACUUUUAAUUCCAUUAUUUUAAUUCCAUCUUCCAUUGAUUAGAUAUCUCCUAACUUUUGCCACACAUGAAGACUCUAUGACUGUAGCCUAUUGCCACUUUGAUGACUCAUGAUUGGCCAACAACAACAACAACAACAAGCUACAUGCGCCACACUCCUCUUGUGAAAAGCAAGAGCAGCAGCAUAAAUUAUAACAUUUCUCUCUCUACUGCAGCAGUCAUGUUCGGAUCUGUACAGGCCCUUCCGGACAAGUCAGUUAAAAUUACACAUACCUGAAACCCGUGACAAUCAUGUCAGAUCUGACCCAGACCCGUGAUAUUAUUUAGAAUUCUGGAUCCAUACCCACUCGUGUCCUGGAUCGGGUCUCGGGUAUUCGGGUACAGGUGGAUCCGUGAAGACCUCUACUGCAUAUGCAUAUUAGCCAACACAGCAUAUCCUACACAUAUAGCAUACCGUGCAAUACACUCUUCUCUAAAAACAGCUGGGCAAAAUGUAUAGCUUAAAUUGUGAUGACUAGAGUUUGAUUUCUAAAGCAGAUGAGUUCUCAAAUGUCAGCAGCUGCCCAAUACCAUGGUGGGCAUUCAUAAUGUUGGAUGCAUUAUAAUUUAAGGUAUGGAAAAUUAUAUGGAGUCUGCAGGAUUAUAGAAAAAGCAGUUGGGAAAUGAAUGUUUGAGUUUCAAAUACUAAAUGUUCAGUGAAUGUGAAUAUAUUUAGUGGGUUUAAAUUAUUAGCCUAACUUUCCUACUAACCUAAAAGUUGAUGGCGCCAAAUUCUUGCCAAUCCAUUAUUCUACUACUAACUAUGACUGAGUGUUAGCCAUAUUGUCCAUAAUGUGCAAAAUAGCAAAGGUGUCUCAGGCAGUAUUUAAAAUAUCUAAAUAUAGUGUAACCUACCAAUCAAUGUAUAUAGAGAGAGAAGUGCCAAAAGCCUGAGAUUCUGAUUGAAACAGUAGAACUUAUCAAGACAUGCUUCAGUAUUCCCCCCUCUCUCUAGGAGCAUGUGUAUGCCCAGGCCCCAUAGGUGUGUAUUGAAAGGAUCCCAUCCUGGUCACCAAUGUAGCCAACCAAUGCAGAGAGAGAUACAUUCACUGUUGCUAUAGAAGUCAUUCCAAAGGGUAGGUUUCACAGAGCAAAUGAAAUGUGACCAUACUUUAUCACUCAUCAUCAAUGAAGCUAUUUAGGCCUACAUCGCAUUUACAAAGUCAUCAACAGCUAUUGUUUCAUUUCAACCCAGAAGUCAACUAAAAAUAGACAAAACAAUUGGCCUAGUGUUUCAAGCUCUGGUUGAUUUCAAAUGUAAUGAUAUUUAGUGUUAUACCAAUGCAUUGUUUAAUAUUCGUUUCUGAUUGGCUUGAAGGGCACUCUAGAGCAUGCAUUGCUUACCUAUAAUGCAUUGUGUUUGGUUGUCAACGCAACCAAAUAUCAACAUUUGAAGGAGAUGUACCUUCUGCUUGGAUAGUUCCAUCUGUGCCACUGACUUAGUCUGGCUUUAAUUCCAGUUUGUCUACAAAUUAAUAAUUGAUACGUUGGAUUCACGUCUCCAUCUCAAUAAAAAAUCAAAGUUAAAUCAAAUGAAAACUUUAAAUGCACUUCAAAUAAAGUUUGAUUUGAUUUAGGCCUAUUCUUUAACUUGGAGUUUUGGUUGAGAUGGAGACAUGAAUCCAACAUAUAAAUUAUUAAUUUGUAGACUAAGUCAGUGGCACAGACGGAGCUAUCCAAAAAGAAGAUAAAUCUUCAAAUGUUAAUAUUUGAUUGCGUUGACAACCAAACACAAUUCAAUAUCACUUUUGUAAUACAGUAAAUAGCCUAAAGUUAAGGCUAUCUUACAAACUAAUGUAACAUCCAACCUAAUUAAUAUGUAAUCAUAUAAAGCGUGCAUGUUCAAGAUAGCAUGCAUAGGUUGUCUCAGGUCUGUGGAGAUCUCCACAAUUGCUGUAAUAAUCUGUGCCAAAUCUAGAACGGCAUUAAUCAUUUGCAACAUGUACUUUUAAUGUAAUCCAAGGUAUUUGGUUCUGCUGUGAGUUGAAGCACAGUGAUGACACAUUGUGUUGUAUAAAUAAACAAAAUAUCUGACAUUGUAUUCCCAUUUGAACUUUGCUGUGCUUUUAAAUGGUUGAAAGCACAGUGAUAGACAUUUGGGUGACAACUAAACCAAAAAUCAGACAUUGUUUUUCCAUUGGAAUUUGGUUGUGCUUUUAGAUUGUUGAAGCAUAGUGAUAACGUAUUGGAAAUUCACACUCCUCUUAAAGGUCCAAUGCUGCCAUUUGUAUCUCAAUAUCAAAUAAAUUCAACUAACUUUUGUCUGUCUUUUCGAGUGGGUGAAUAUAGGUUGUAAUCCCAUUGAUCAACGUCUCAACCAAAUAUUACCCAAUUAUCCACGUUGAAAUGACGUGGUGUGCCCAGUGGGUAGUUUAUGCUAGAAAUGAACAUCCUGACAUGUUACAACAACUAGGCUAAGGACAGAGGCAGAGUAAUUUGCGUCCUACUCCAAUUUAGGUACAGAUUGUUACACCAGAUAAUGUGAUUUAACCAAAGAUUUGUGGUAUCCUUUACUGGGAGUUACAGGAAAGGUACUGUUUGGCGUAGUAUCUACAGUUGAAGUCGGAAGUUUACAUACACUUAGGUUGGAGUCAUUAAAACUCGUUUUUCAACCACUCCACAAAUUUCUUGUUAACAAACAAUAGUUUUGGCAAGUCGGUUAGGACAUCUACUUUGUGCAUGACACAAGUAAUUUUUGCAACAAUUGUUUUCUAUUCACUUAUAAUUCACUGUAUCACAAUUCCAGUGGGUCAGAAGUUUACAUACACAAAGUUGACUGUGCCUUUAAACAGCUUGGAAAAUUCCAGAAAAUGAUGUCAUGGCUUUAGAAGCUUCUGAUAGGCUAAUUGACAUCAUUUGAGUCAAUUGGAGGUGUACCUGUGGAUGUAUUUCAAGGCCUACCUUCAAACUCAGUGCAUCUUUGCUUGACAUCAUGGGAAAAUCAAAAGAAAUCAGCCAAGACCUCAGAAAAAAAAUUGUAGACCUCCACAAGUCUGGUUCAUCCUUGGGAGCAAUUUCCAAAUGCCUGAAGGUACCACGUUCAUCUGUACAAACAAUAGUACGCAAGUAUAAACACCAUGGAACCAGGCAGCCAUCAUACCGCUCAGGAAGGAGAUGCGUUCUGUCUAAUAGAGAUGAACGUACUUUGGUGUGAAAAGUCCAAAUCAAUCCCAGAACAACGGCAAAGGACAUUGUGAAGAUGCUGGAGGAAACAGGUACAAAAGUAUCUAUAUCCACAGUAAAACGAGUUCUAUAUCGACUGAUAUAACGUCUUUUUAUACAGUAUUUGCGGUAUGGAAGUGAGAGGAUGAGGAUAUGCCAUGUAAUUAUUUCUGUCACUGGUGGGUGCCAGAAGGUCUGCGUGCCAAGAUAGCUUGGGGGCCACUUUUGCUAAUCUUAUAAGGAGUACGUGAUGGAAUAUCCUGGCUAGGGUGCAACACGAUACCAUGUAGGGGGAUCCUAUUGUAGGUGAUGAGUGACACUCAAUAAUGUUUGGCAACUGUUGGAUGGAAUUAGCUCGGAAAGCAUUAUAUAAACUGAGAGGUUUUCUAUGUAAAUCAUUCGGAUGACAAUAGGCUACUCCCGUACCGCUUGUCAUGCGAAUCCAGUACUGUAAUAUUAAAUAACUAUGAAUCAACUCUCCAUCUAAGUGUUUAACAAUUCUCUUACAUCCUGAAGUACUCGAUACCAGAGAAAACUCAUCAUAACCUGAAAGGCCGCUCAGCAAGGAGAAGCCACUGCUCCAAAACCGCCUUAAAAAAGCCAGACUACGGUUUGCAACUGCACAUGGGGACAAAGAUCGUACUUUUUGGAGAAAUGUCCUCUGGUCUGAUGAAACAAAAAUAGAACUGUUCGGCCAUAAUGACCAUCGUUAUGUUUGGAGGAAAAAGGGGGCACUUGCAAGCCUAAGAACACCAUCCCAACCGUGAAGCACGAGGGUGGUAGCAUCAUGCUGUGGGGGUGCUUUGCUGCAGGAGGGACUGGUGCACUUCACAAAAUAGAUGGCAUCAUGAGGAAGGAAAAUUAUGUGGAUAUAUUGAAGCAACAUCUCAAGAUGUCAGGAAGUUAAAGCUUGGUCGCAAAUGGGUCUUCCAAAUGGACAAUGACCCCAAGCAUACUUCCAAAGUUGUGGCAAAAAUGGCUUAAGGACAACAAAGUCAAGGUAUUGGAGUGGCCUAAUUGAAUGUAUGUAAACUUCUGACCCACUGGGAAUGUGAUGAAAUAAAUAAAAGCUGAAAUAAAUCAUUUUCUCUACUAUUAUUCUGACAUUUCACAUUCUUAAAAUAAAAUGGUGAUCCUAACUGACCUAAGACAGGGAAUUAUUUCUAGGAUUAAAUGUCAGGAAUUGUGAAAAACUGAGUUUUAAUGUAUUUGGCUAAGGUGUAUGUAAACUCCCGACUUCAACUGUAUCUUGUACAGUGCCUUACAAAAGUAUUCAUCCCUCUUGGCGUUUUUCCUAUUUUGUUGCAUUACAACCUGUAAUUUAAAUUGAUUUUUAUUUGGAUUUCAUGUAAUGGACAUACACAAAAUAGUCCAAAUUGGUGAAGUGAAAUGAAAAAAAUAACUGAAAAGUGGUGUGUGCAUAUGUAUUCACCCCCUUUGCUAUGAAGCCCCUAAAUAAGAUCUGGUGCAACCAAUUACCUUCAGAAGUCACAUAAUUAGUUAGAUUUCACACAGGUGGACUUUAUUUAAGUGUCACAUGAUGUGUCACAUGUUCUCAGUAUAUAUACACCUGUUCUGAAAGGCCGCAGAGUCUGCAACACCACUAAGCAAGGGAGUAUCUGUCCAUAGGACCACUUUCAGCCAUACACUCCACAGAGCUGGGCUUUACGGAAGAGUGGCCAAAAAAAAGCCAGUGGCUAGAUGUGCCAAGCUUAUAGAGACAUUAACCCAAAGAGACUUGUAGCUGUAAUUGCUUUGAAAGGUGGCUCUACAAAGUAUUGACUUUGGGGGGGUAAAUAGUUAUGCAUGCUCAAGUUUUCUGUUUUUUUGUCAUAUUUCUUGUUUGUUUCACAAAUAAAAAUAUUUUGCAUCUUCAAAGUGGUAGGCAUGUUGUGUAAAUCAAAUGAUACGAACCCCCCAAAAAAUCCAUUUAAAUUCCAGGUUGUAAGGCAACAAAAUAGGAAAAAUGUCAAGGGGGGUGAAUGCUUUCGCAAGACACUGUAUGUCCUGCAGGUGACACUAUCUGGCCGCUAGACCAGCCCCAUGAAGGCACAACUCCUCUUAAUGUUAUUUUGACCUUUCCAAACAACAGGUCCUUCUGUUUACCUGAUUUGGCCUCAUUUUAGAUUUGGUUAAUUAAGAAAUGCUAACAGCCUAUAUCGAUGCCAUAUAGGCUGUUUUCUUAAUGAUAAGUCAUUUAAGGGCAGUUGCUCUUUAAAGGUCAUCUUUUGACAGUGACACAAAAGGAUAAUUAAGAGAUUACUGUUGUUGUACAUCAUUGACACCAACAUUGGUUUGGUGUAGUGCCACCAAAGGAGAAAAGUGUCAUGAGUGGCUUUCUUGCUGUAAACAACACACCCAUUGGCACUCAAUGGUCUUGCAGUAGGCUACUGUUGUUUGUGUCUUGUGACCUCCCCCUCACUUCUACGCACUCUUUUGUUGGGGUCCGUAACCCAUUAGGAACUGUCCUCAACCCAUCAAUUGGUCCCAAGUCCUGACGCACCACUUGGGAAAAACUGGUGUAGAGACAGAAUGGCAUCCACCGAGCCAGUGGCUUUUAUCGUCAUUGUCACUUUUCAUAUCUUCACUUAUAAAUAAUGUCAAGCUGGUCUGAGAACAUUUUCCCACCGAAUAAACAAGUCAUUAAUCUUUCUGUGGCAGUGUAAAUUACUCAUGGAAGAAAAACUGAAAGUGAUCUUUUGACCUAAAAGAUUAUGUGCGGUUGAUAGCUAGAAUUGUUUUUGUCAGACAUAACAGGCACUGGCGUAGCACCCCCCCCCCCCCCCCCCCCCCUCCCCCCAGAAAAACAGGGUUGCCCACGAGCUUUGGGGGCCCCCCACUCCCCCAAAAAUAUAAAAAAUGAUUGAAAGUCGGGACAAUCCUUGUCCUGCAAGGAAACAUAAUUUUUUGAUAGUUUAAAUGAAUGGCCAUGACUGAAUUCAAACGUGAGUUGGUUUCGGAGUGUGGUUUUAUGUGGGUGUCUCUUGUGUGUGUUUGCAGAGUUAGACAAAUUAUUUCGCCAAUUAGUUUUAACUGGCUUCAGCUGGCUGGUGUGCGGUUCGAGGUUUUUAAAUCUUGAAAUUUGGAGCAGUUAGAAUUUAACAUAUUCUCCCAUGUACAUUGUGUAAUUUACCGAUGGUCCCUAGCUAGCCCCAUAGGGAUAUCCAAAGUUGACCCAAAUUUAUCAUGGGCAUUACGAUUGGGUUGCGUGUAGCUGCACUCCAAAUUGAUGAUUACUUGUGUGCUGUGGGGAUGUGGGCAGGAUUGAAACAAACCCAACCUUCAUUUCCAUUGUGAUGCAAUCACAACCACAAAUCUCACAAAACUCCAUUUUGGACGAGACUGACUUUAUGACCAAAAUUAUCCGAUUGACACUUUGUAGUCAAUUUUGACAGUAGGAUUAAUAUUUCUGACUCAUAUCGAUGCCAUAUAGGCUGUUUUCUUAAUGAUAAGUCAUUUAACGGCAGUUGCUCUUUAAAGGUCAUCUUUUGACAGUGACACAAAAGGAUAAUUAAGAGAUUACUGUUGUUGUACAUCAUUGACACCAACAUUGGUUUGGUGUAGUGCCACCAAAGGAGAAAAGUGUCAUGAGUGGCUUUCUUGCUGUAAACAACACACCCAUUGGCACUCAAUGGUCUUGCAGUAGGCUACUGUUGUUUGUGUCUUGUGACCUCCCCCUCACUUCUACUCACUCUUUUGUUGGGGUCCGUAACCCAUUAGGAACUGUCCUCAACCCAUCAAUUGGUCCCAAGUCCUGACGCACCACUUGGGAAAAACUGGUGUAGAGACAGAAUGGCAUCCACCGAGCCAGUGGCUUUUAUCGUCAUUGUCACUUUUCAUAUCUUCACUUAUAAAUAAUGUCAAGCUGGUCUGAGAACAUUUUCCCACCGAAUAAACAAGUCAUUAAUCUUUCUGUGGCAGUGUAAAUUACUCAUGGAAGAAAAACUGAAAGUGAUCUUUUGACCUUAAAGAUUAUGUGCGGUUGAUAGCUAGAAUUGUUUUUGUCAGACAUAACAGGCACUGGCGUAGCACCCCCCCCCCCCCCCCCCUCCCCCCAGAAAAACAGGGUUGCCCACGAGCUUUGGGGGCCCCCCACUCCCCCCAAAAUAUAAAAAAUGAUUGAAAGUCGGGACAAUCCUUGUCCUGCAAGGAAACAUAAUUUUUUGAUAGUUUAAAUGAAUGGCCAUGACUGAAUUCAAACGUGAGUUGGUUUCGGAGUGUGGUUUUAUGUGGGUGUCUCUUGUGUGUGUUUGCAGAGUUAGACAAAUUAUUUCGCCAAUUAGUUUUAACUGGCUUCAGCUGGCUGGUGUGCGGUUCGAGGUUUUUAAAUCUUGAAAUUUGGAGCAGUUAGAAUUUAACAUAUUCUCCCAUGUACAUUGUGUAAUUUACCGAUGGUCCCUAGCUAGCCCCAUAGGGAUAUCCAAAGUUGACCCAAAUUUAUCAUGGGCAUUACGAUUGGGUUGCGUGUAGCUGCACUCCAAAUUGAUGAUUACUUGUGUGCUGUGGGGAUGUGGGCAGGAUUGAAACAAACCCAACCUUCAUUUCCAUUGUGAUGCAAUCACAACCACAAAUCUCAAAAAACUCCAUUUUGGACGAGACUGACUUUAUGACCAAAAUUAUCCGAUUGACACUUUGUAGUCAAUUUUGACAGUAGGAUUAAUAUUUCUGACUCAUAUCGAUGAAAGUCGGGACAAUCCUUGUCCUGCAAGGAAACAUAAUUUUUUGAUAGUUUAAAUGAAUUAAUUUUGUUGCAUUAUUUAAGCUUAAAAUGUACAUUAUGUGAAUUUUAUAAGGGAAAAUAUUUGUUUGGGGAAUUUUCAAAUAUUAUUAAUUUUCAUGUCGGCUCUUUGCCUGGAAAUGCGAAGGAUCCCAAUUUCAAACUCUCCAAAAAAAGUGUUUAAAAUUGGCAAAAAUUUAUAUUAACUGACAAAAUUAUGGUAUGUACACUGAACAAAAAUAUUGAUGCAACAUGCAACAAUUUCAAAGAUUUUACUGAGUUACAGUUUAUAUAAGGAAAUCAGUCAAUUUAAGUAAAUUCAUUAGGCCCUAAUAUAUGGAUUUUACAUGACUGGGAAUACAGAUAUGCAUCUGUUGGUCACAGAUGCCUUAAAAAAAAAGAUUGAUCCAUGCCUCUGAAUCCAGUCAGUAUCUGGUGUGACCACCAUUUUCCUCAUGCUACGCUACACAUCUCCUUCGGAUAGAGUUGAUCAGGCUGUUGAUUGUGGCCUGUGGAAAGUUGUCGGGAACUGGAACACGCUGUCGUACACAUCGAUCCAGAGCAUCCCAAACAUGCUCAAUGGGUGACAUGUCUGGUGAGUAUGCAGGCCAUGGAAGAACUGGGACAUUUUCAGCAUCCAGGAAUUGUGUACAGACCCUUGCGACAUGGAGCUGUGCAUUAUCAUGCUGAAACAUGAGGUGAUGGCAGCGGAUGAAUGGCAUGACAAUGGGCCUCAGGAUCUCAUAAUGGUAUCUCUGUGCAUUCAAAUUGCCAUCGAUAAAAGGCAAUUGUGUUCGUUGUCCGUAGCUUAUGCCUUCCCAUACCAUAACCCCACCGCCACCAUGGGGCACUCUGUUUAUAAUGUUGACAUCAGCAAACCGCUCGCGCACACAACGCCAUACACGCUGUCUGCCAUCUGCCCGGUACAGUUGAAACCGGGAUUAAUCCGUAAAGAGCACACUUCUCCAGCGUACCAGUGGCCAUCAAAGCUGAGCAUUUGCCUGCUUAAGUCGGUUACGACGCCGAACUGCAGUCAGGUCAAGACCCUGGUGAGGACGACGAGCACGCAGAUGAUCUUCCCUGAGACGGUUUCUGACAGUUUGUGCAGAACUUCUUCGGUUGUGCAAACCCACAGUUUCAUCAGCUGUCCAGGUGGCUGGUCUCAGACCAUCCCACAGGUGAAGAAUCCGAAUGUGGAGGCCCUGGGCUGACGUGGUUACACAUGGUCUGCGGUUGUUAGGCCGGUUGGACGUACUGCCAAAUUCUCUAAAAUGUACGUUGGAGGCGGCUUAUGGUAGAGAAAUUAACAUUUGAUUCUCUGACUACCGCUCUGGUGGAUAUUCCUGCAGUCAGCAUGCCAAUUGCACGCUCCAUCAAAACAUGAGACAUCUGUGGCAUUGUGUUGUAUGACAAAACUGCACAUUUUAGAGUGGCCUUUUGUUGUCCCCAGCACAAGGUACACCUGUGUAAUGAUCAUGCUGUUUAAUCAGCUUCUUGAUAUGCCACACCUGUCAGGUGAAUGGAUUAUCUUGGCAUAGAGAAAUGCUAAUUAAACAGCUCAUUAUAUUUUGGUUCAGUAUAGUUUCUUGCAAUAGCCCUCUGUGACUUUAUAUAAUAUUUCUCUCAAAACUUAGAUUCCUAAAAGAUGUGUCUGGAGAUUUUGUUUACUCCGUCAGAUUAGUCUAAAAUCCUAAAUUAAUCAGGAAUGAGCAGGGUCAGCUAUACCAUAAGGACCCCUUAUUCAUGUCCUCAUUACAUGCACUGCAACAAGACCACUCAUGGUCUGUAAAGUUCUCUACUUUUGAUAGAUUUAAACAAACAAUAUUGGAAUCACCAUGGUCACAACCAUAAUCAUCUUCCUUAUAGAUUAAAAUGGAAUAUGAAUUUUGGUUCAAAUAUGUUACAUUUAAUUAGGUUUUAGAGUCAUGAAGCAACUGAGGAAAAACCUAAUUGCUACUGUGUAUACCACUUGAAUAAAGAAAAAAAAUUCAAUUUUUGUCAACUCCGUAAAACAUAAACUCCGUCAGAUUUUUGUCUAACGUCAACUCCAUCAGAGUGCUGAACGAUUUGAUAGAAUAGUUAUGUUUUUAUUGGGGAUUUUCAAAUGAAUCGUUUUCCAUAUUUUACAAAUGUUUGUAUUGAACUUUUAUUUUUAGAGGCAAAAAUAAGUCUGUUUUUUGUAUCUGUUGUCAACUCCGUCAGUGGCUUGUCAACUCCUUCACUGAUGGCUAACCACCUUUUUUUGGGUCAAUAUUCUGAUAUUUUUUUGUAAUCAAUGCAGGGAUAAUGUUUGCUUUAUAAAUGUUAUUUUAUCUAUCUAUUAAUCUUCUAAAUCUAGAAAAACAUGCCAAAAUGCUAGCAACAUUUUCCCUGGAACAUUUAGUAAUGCUAUAAAACUAAACAAAAAUACAUUUGUAUUACAUAUUUGAAUAAUCUAAUGACGUGGAAACAAUGUUGAUUCAACCAGUGUGUGCCCAGUGGGAAGAAAGUUGUAACAGAGUUGUGGGAUACAGACAAAAUCUCAUGGGGAAAAACAAUUAAAAAGACAAAGUUCUUGGCAAAGUCCUUAUAUGUCAGACGUGUUUUGACUUGAGUGCAUGUGCUCUUAAAUUAAAAUGUCAGAUUACUCAUUUAAUUGGAACAGCUGAACUGCAUCAUCACUGAUUUGUAAUGACGAAGAUUGAUAGUAAACAAGUUAAUGAAAGGUAUUAUCUUCUGCCUAUCUGUGUUUCUCCCAUAGAUUUCUGACUGGUACACAACCCAUGCCCAACUCAGCCUGCAGGUCGUCAAUGCUCAACUGGAAGUCUAUGACUCUAAAUCCAAGUUAGUUUGUUUAUAGUAUAUGUGUAUGUGUGUGGAUCCACUGUGUCUUGUGGGUCCACCAUGAAGGAUUCCGCAAACAAGGGCCUGAAUUUUGGUCACAAGUAAAUUGCAUUAUUUUCCUUACUCAUGUGAUCUUUUAAAGGUCACACGUCUAUGGACAAGAAUGCAAUUCACACACACACACUCUAUAGUUAAUCUGCAGUCUGGUAUAGGUGUGAGCAGGAGGAGAGGUGUCUCCUGGCAGCGGAGGCAGAGCUGAGCCGAGCCACCUGCAGAGUAUUCAGCAUGAGUUAAUCCAGUGGCGGCUCCUAAAAAAAUUCUCAGGGGGGGCAAUUUUUCUGAUGAUUUAGGUGACCUACACACAUUUUAAAAAAGAUAUGUCCAGCAACAACAUGAAGACAGGGGCAGCAUAUAAGUCAAUACCAGAAGCAUUUAUUGACUGAUCUCAAAAGUGUUGGCUUACCAGGGUUGGUGGAGCCCUCAGUUUCAUCUUUGCCUCGCAAAGCUAACUCAAACACUCCGCAAAACUUUACACACUGGAUUAGCCGGCUGAGGAUGUGGCGGUUCUUGCUAAUGUCGUAGUAAAUAUAUUUGUUAUAGUGAAUAUGGAAUAUGAUAUGUUGAGUAAAAUGUUGUGCUAAGAUCUAUUUAGGUCAGGAGCUGGUUAUAAGUUCUGUUCCUAUCCAAUAACAAUGGACAAAAGGGUCCUAUCUUGUCAGCCUUGUCAGUUUCAGUUCUCCAGUAAACUUGUGAUUAUCAACACUAACCUCAUCGUUGUGGCGGCGGACAGCUAACCUGUAUCCCUCAUCCAGUUGAGUGGGAAUGUUCACUCUCCCCAAAGCAGACAAUCUCAAACAGCUAUCCAUGUGGGUCUUUGACAGCUCAUGUUUCUUAAUCUUUCCUGAAAGAUGGUGCAUGUCCGUUACACACCAGUCGCUGUCCAAGCGGUGCUGUCUGCCGUGCCGCCUUCAGGGUGAAAGAGUAAGCAGGGGGUAGCAGAAGACUGCAUUAGCUACAUCGCAGCCUGCUAGCCAGGUUUUUCGUUCGUACCAAUUUUUGGAAAAUCCUCGGGUGUAGGACUUCCCCCCUUUAGUAGAAACCUGUUGAAUUAUUAAAUUUGGUCUGGGAGGUCCUAAUUGUUUCGUUGCCAAUUUAUCUUCAUUUGUUCGCCGACAAAAAGGAACUUCUUUCAAAGACACAAUCGAGUUGCACUGAAGCCUAGCCAUUUUGAUAGAAGUAGUGAAUUGAUUGACGCUGCUACCCGCUCUUUUCUUAGUUACGUUCAUGGUUAUAUGUUACGUAUGACGAAAGCGCGUAAGUGCAAGCCCUCAGAAACCCAUAGAGAUUGUAUUGAAAGCUCUGAUAUUUGAAAAAAAUAGAUUUUACAUGGGAGUCUAUGACAGACUUCUGGGCGAUUUUCAACCUGACUGAAAUCGCCCCAAAAGGGGGGGGGGGGGGCAUUUGAAGCACGACUUUAGCCUGAUUGGACAUUUAGUGGCACUGUGGCAGAUCAGACGUCUAGAUUACAACACUGAUAACUACUGUUGCCGUGAUAUAAUUGAUUAGAAAAAAAAUCCCUUCCUUUUCCCGUUUGGCAGUGCGUCGCCCAUAUCGCCCUAUUGAACACACCGCCCCUGAGUUAAUCUAUAGGGAAGGAGAUCUGCACAUCCAACUGGAUGGAAACCUAGAGGAAAUGGACCUCCUCAAGAGAAACCAUGACAAGUUGGGGUCCUUAUACUGUUACUGUUUCAAUGACAUUUUAUGUAUCGUAUGGUUCCAUAGGUCUAGUACCAUUAUGGCACAUACUGUUUGCAUUGAUUUUCUAUUGUCAAUGUUGUUUGAGAGCUUUUGGACACAACAAUGACAUCCACAUUUGUAUUUCCUGUGUCUGUAUAGGAAGUGCAGGGAGUGAUAGCCCAGAUGUCUGGGUUGGUUAACAUGGAUAUGGACUGUGCUCACUCAGUGGACCUGAAUGAGGAACUGAAUCUCCUAAGGGAGCAGUGUGGGGCGAUGAUCCUGAAGAACAAAACAGAGGCUGAGAGCUGGUUUCAGAGCAAGGUGGGCCACUGUCAACACAUAAAUACUGAGUCCUGAAGAUGUUAGAGAUACAGAAUAUAUCAUAUAUUCUCCAUGUUUGUUUUGACACCUCAGGUGGACAGCAUGAAGACCCAGGUGACCGCCUGUUCUGAUGGGUCCUAGGUCAGGCAGACAUAGAUAGCCGACCUAAAGAGAAUAGUCCAGGAUCUAACUUUGGAGUUGAAGCUAAUGGAGACCCAGGUAAGAAACCACAUACACAUAUUUUUUUUUUACGCUAUGAAGUUUGCAGUCUUUGUUGUUGCACUGAAACUCUGGAGACAGAAUCAGAGAUUUACAGGUUUUAAAAUGGCUGCUCUUUCACUUCACUCGCUCGCUUACAGAAUCUGUCAACGGAGAGGGACGAGAUGGAAGUGAACGAGCGACACAGUGUUCACCUCAGUCAGCUUCAGCAGCACUUAGACAGCCUGGAGGAGGAGCUGCUGCAGCUACGUACAGCCACAGAGCAGCAGGCUGUCCAGUACCAGAUGCUCCUGGACAUCAAGACCAGGCUGGAGAUGGAGAUCGCUGAGUACAGGAGGCUGCUGGAUGGAGGGGGAGCCAGGUAAGGCCAAGAAAAGGGUUGUCACUAGUGAUUACCCAAGAAAAGAGUCAACAGGUGAUUUGACAGAAGCUAAAUCCAUGUCCGAGGUCUGACUGAUAUUUUUGUCUUCAGCAGGAAAUCAAGCUCCAACGCAAUGAGUAAUGGAACUGCCUUCCAACACAUCGUCAUGCCAAUUCAGAGUUCCUCCAUUAGUGUGCCAAGUAUUAAUGAGACCUCAAGAGAGACCUCAAGCAGUUUAGAAAAUGGAGGACAAGUGGUAGGUGUAGCCAUUGGGGAGCAGGUUACUCGUCUGCAGAAAGUGUUUCUUUAUAAUGCCUCUUUAUAAAAACAGGGCCGAGUGUACAAACAACUAAUUAGGUCCAAAGCAAGAGUUUAGAAAGUGGGCAUCGGGUUGAAUAUUCUGAGAGUAGAGCUAACACCAGCUCUGCACAACAUGGAGCUCACGUUGUGAGCAGCGUUGAGGGUAAAUCCCCCACUGUCAGUAGAGUCAAUGACAUACCACAUGAUAAUAUCAGCGUGAUUAUCUCAACAACUCAGAUUAGCGAAGAUGCAUCUCAGAUUAAAGACACAGAAGUUGCUCAGAUCACUAGUAGUGAUGUUGAUGUUACCAGUGUUAACUGUGGAGGACAGACUGCCAGCACUGUGAAAGAAGAAGAGAUAAGCAUUGCCAAUGACACAGUACAAGUUAGCAGUGAGGAGGCCGUAGUGGUGGUUGGUGUCAGUAAUGUAAAAAGCACAGGUCAGAUAAGAUGUAGGGAAACUAAGAUCCCGGAGAGAAGUGUGGAAAGUGAGACUAAGAUUGACAGUGAAAAUCAGAUUCUUAGUACUGUGCGUGAUGCUCAGAUUAUCUCAGCAGAGGAAGAAAACCAAUUCAGAAGUGAGGAGACUCAGAUUGACAGCGUGGAGGUUACGAGUCAGAUGAAUAGCUGCCAAAUUGAAACUCAGAUAAGCAGUCCUGAAGGUGGAGUUCUGAGUGUUGUGGAAAGUGUUGUUCAGAUAACCAGUGUAGGAAAUGGCAGUCAGAUCAGCUGUGUUGAAACUGGAGCACAGCUCUGCUCCUUGGAGAUACACAUCACAGAAAAUGAGGCUCAGCCAAGCAGUCAGCCAACAGAGGUAAUUAUCACCCAUUCGGAAGACCGAUUUGAGAUGAGAAAUGUUGAACAUGGAGAGCUUGUUAUCAUAGAAAAAACUAUAAUUGAGGAGAUAAGCAGUAUAUCCAGAGAGAGUGAAGCUGUGGUGAGCAGCAGGGUUGAAAGCGGAAGACUGGUUGAUGAGCUGGAAGUCACCUCUGUAGUUGGUGAUGCAGAAGAUGCAGGUCAAACAAACUGUGAGGAGAGUAGAGUUCAGAUGAGCAUUGCUCAGGGUGGUGACCUGACUAGCACAAUCAUAACAACAAGUGUGGUUGAGAUGAAGAGUGCUGAUGAGGCUGGUGACCUGACUGGAAGUGUGGUUGAGAUCCACAGUGCUGAGGGUGGUGAUCUGACCUAAAAUGGCAGCAAGUGUGGUUGAGAUGAUCAGCACACGGAAUGUGAGGUUCAAUUGUCCACAGGGAGUAUAGAGCUCAAACAACCUUGAUGGAGAGUGAAGGUAGGAUUAGCAGGGAUGUUCAAAUGAUUGACCCUGUCUUUACAGGUGACAUAGGCACUGUAGAAACUGUAGUAGUCUCGUUCCCAUCCGUGUGUCAGACUACUGACAGCGAUAACGCUAUUAGCACGGUAAGCGAGGCUAAGGAAACUGUGAUCCAGGUGAAGAAAGUGGAAGGUACUGUUCCAAUCAGCAGUGCAGAACUGAUCACCAAUGUUGUACAGAUUAGCAGCGCUGCAAGUGACAAUACGAUCAGCAGUGCCACAGGUGUAGUGGUAAAAGUGCCAGCUUGUACAGUGGAGAGUGCAGUGGAGAUCACCAGUAAUGUGAGGAGUGGAAGCAUGAUACGUACUAGACGUAUGACUAGUGUAGGCAGUGGUGGUUUGAUCAGCAGGACAGGAAGUGGGCAUAUGAUGAAUAAUGUGGUAAGUGGACAUAUGAUAACUAGUGCAGGAAGUGGACACAUGAUAACUAGUGCAAGAAGUGGACACAUGAUAACUAGUGCAGGAAGUGGAGGUAGACCAAGUAGUGCAGGAAGUGGAGAA